AGGGCAUUCGCUUCCCGCCAACUAUCAAAAACCCUAGCCUACUUCCUUUAAACCCUCGUCCCCCUUUUCUCAAUUGCCUCAAUCUUAUCAAAGAAAUUUCCCAUCAAUGGAGGCCCAAGCUGUGAAAUCAAACCUGGUUCUUAUCCUAGAUUAUGGUUCUCAGUACACCCACCUAAUCACUCGGCGAAUCCGAAGCCUAUCCGUGUUCUCCCUCUGUAUUUCCGGCACUUCCUCACUCAAAUCCAUCACUGAUUUAAACCCAUCUGUAAUCAUCCUCUCCGGCGGCCCCCAUUCCGUCCAUGCACAGGACGCCCCUUGUUUCCCCGAUGGCUUUGUAGAGUAUGUUGAAAAAACGGGCAUCUUUGUGUUGGGGAUUUGUUACGGGUUUCAGUUGAUUGUGCAGAAAUUGGGUGGGCAAGUAGCGAUUGGGGAAAAGCAGGAGUAUGGGAGGAUGACGAUUGAGGUCGUGAAAGAUUAUGGUGGAUUGUUCAAGGGUAAAAACAUCGGUGAUAAGCAGGUGGUUUGGAUGAGCCAUGGCGAUGAGGCUGUGAAGCUUCCUGCUGGAUUCGAAGUGGUCGCCAGGAGCGAACAAGGCGGUGUAGCGGCUGUCGCGAAUCCCGGCAGACGGUUUUAUGGGCUGCAGUACCACCCCGAGGUGACACAUUCACCGGAGGGAAUGGAAUUGUUGCGCCAUUUCCUUUUCGAUAUCUGUGAUGUCUCCGCUGGCUGGAAAAUGGAAGAUGUAAUGGAGGAAGAAAUAAAAGUAAUCAAAGGCAUGGUCGGACCUGAUGACCAUGUAAUCUGUGCAUUAUCCGGUGGUGUCGACUCUACAGUUGCAGCUACUCUUGUUCACAAAGCCAUCGGCGAUAGACUCCACUGUAUCUUCGUUGACAAUGGUCUAUUAAGAUACAAGGAGCAAGAAAGAGUGAUGGGAACCUUCGAAAGAGAUCUUCAUCUUCCUGUUACUUGCGUUGAUGCUUCAGUGCAAUUUCUAAGCGAAUUGAAAGGCGUUACAGAUCCUGAAAAGAAAAGAAAGAUCAUCGGAAAAGAGUUCAUCUCAAUCUUCGAUGCUUUUGCUCAUGAUUUAGAGAAAAAACUAGGAACAAAACCUAGUUAUUUGGUUCAAGGAACUUUAUAUCCAGAUGUAAUCGAAUCAUGCCCACCACCCGGAAGUGGAAGAACUCAUUCUCACACAAUCAAGAGCCAUCAUAACGUGGGUGGGCUUCCAAAAGACAUGAAGCUAAAGCUCAUUGAACCACUUAAGCUUCUCUUCAAGGACGAGGUUCGGGAGUUGGGUCGGAUCUUGGAUGUUCCAGUUGCGUUCUUGAAGAGACACCCGUUUCCUGGACCGGGUCUUGCUGUACGGAUACCGGGUGAUGUGACCCAAGGAAAUGCACUGGAGAUUCUUCGGCAGGUUGAUGAGAUAUUUAUCCAAGCGAUUAAAGAGGGUGGGAUUUAUGAUGAAAUAUGGCAGGCUUUUGCUGUGUUUUUACCCAUUAAAACGACAGGUGUUCAAGGAGAUCAGAGGACUCAUUCUAAUGCUGUUGCACUUCGAGCUGUUACAAGUCAAGAUGGCAUGACUGCUGAUUGGUAUUAUUUUUGA